AUGGCGUGCGGAUGUGGCGUCAGGGGCGACGGGGUCCAUCGCCGCGCCUCUCUGCGCCUCAAUGAGGACAACGCCCGCUUCGGCCUGCUGGCGUCGCUCCUCCUCCUGUACCUGCUCUGCGGCGCCGCCGUCUUCUCCGCCCUGGAGCGGGACCCCGAGCUGAGGGCGCGCCGGCGCUGGCACGAACGGCUGGCCAACUUCAGCCGCCAGCACGGCGUCACCCCGCAGGCACUUCGCGCCUUCCUCAGGCAGUACGAGGAGGCGCACCGGGCGGGCGUCCGCGUGGACCCGCUCUGCCCUCGCUGGGACUUCCCCGGGGCCUUCUACUUUGCUGCCUCUGUGAUCGCCACCAUUGGGUUUGGGAUGACGACGCCGGCCACCACGGGGGCCAAGAUCUUCCUCAUCGUCUAUGGGCUGCUGGGCUGUGCGGCCACCAUCCUCUUCUUCAACCUGUUCCUGGAGCGCGUCAUCACCUUGCUCGCCCACACCAUGUGCUGGUGCCACCAGAGGCAGCUACGGUGCCUGGUCGGUUGGGGCCGGGCAGGGCAGCGUGGCUCGGUGGGAGGGAAAGAGGACAGGCUUGCGGGGUGGAAGCCCUCGCUGUAUCCUACGGCGUUGAUCCUGGGGGCGGGGGCCCUGCUGAUCGCCUGCGGUGUCUCCGCCCUCUACUCUUCCAAGGAGGGAUGGGGCUACCUGGAGUCCCUCUACUUCUCCUUUGUGGCCUUCAGCACCAUCGGCUUCGGGGACCUGGUGAGCAGCCAGAAGGAGCAGCACUGCGCGCAGUGGGCGUACCGGCUGGGGAACUUCCUCCUCAUCCUCGCGGGCAUCUGCUGCCUCUACUCACUUUUAAAUGUCGUCUCCAUCCUCAUGAAGCAGGCCCUCAACUGGAUCCUGAGGAAGCUGAUUCGCCCCUGUUCCGGCACGCCCCUCGGCAGGCUCUGCUGCUGCUGCCUGCCCUGCCGCCAUGGAAACCACCCGCACAAUCUGGCCCGCCCCCCGUCCGCUGGCCCCCGCCGCAGCUGCAAUGCCGUGCACCCCGCCCCCUUGACAGUACCCCCUGGCAAGCCCCAGUGCACCGGUGUGUUUGUGGAGACAGUGUGCAACAGUGAGAUGGAUGUCAGGAGCGGACGACGGCUCUCAGGGGAGAUGAUCUCAGUGAAAGAUUUCCUGCCAUCCAACAAGGUGACCCUGGCUGUGAAGCAGAAGCCUGACAUGGCCUCCAGGGGCCACAUCGGGUUCUCCGAGCCCUUGGGAGCCCUCGCUGUCAUGAGCAGCCGGCUGCAGGAGAUGAGCAUUGACCAGUAG